AUGGAAACCGUUUCGGAAACCGUUUCGGACCCCGUCUACUUCGAGUUGAGCUGGUCCAUCCUCAGCACUAUCGGGGUCGCCAACGUCCUCUUUGGCGCCUUCGUCGUCAGCAUCACCAACUUUUCCCCGAUCGCCGCCGUCCCCAUCGUCACCUCGAUUGCCGGCGCCGUCGCAAAUGGCCUCUGCUACUACGCCUUUUACAGGACAUCCCAGCCCCUCACCAACCAGGCUGUGGCCUCUGCGUUUGCCGACAUACUAUGGAUGGUGCAAGAAGCAGGGCUGUCCUUCUACAGUUACGUCCUCCUGAGCCGCAUUCUCUCCGGCAGGCCGUGGUACAUCUUCGUUGUCUCGUUCUGGACCGCCAUGCUGGGCAUCUUGACGGUGCGCGUUCUGAUCGCCGUCACCCGCGUGCGCUACAUCGCCGGCGGCGGCCGCGACAACGGACUCCAGAACACGGUCAACCACCUGCAUAUGGCUUACUUCCCCCUGCUCGCCCUGCUCGAGUGCCUGAGCGCCUACUACCUGCUCACCACUUUUGCCGAGGCAAGGAGCAGCUCCCUCCGCCGCGCCAGCGGCACCGACCUGUUCCACUACCUCAUGCGAAGCACCGAGAUCCGCAUGGCCCUCCUGGCCGUCAUCGGCAUCAUGCGCGCCGUCACCUACUCGUACCAGUCCACCGCCCAGAGCGCCACCAACGUCGCCGGCCAGAUCGACCGCUUUGCCUACACCAUGGAGUGCAUUUUUCCCAUCAUGAUGUACAUCGACAUGCUCUCGACCAAGGUCGUGCACGGCCGGAGCCACGCCUAUGACAUUUCCCUGCACAGCCAGAACGACCCGACCCAGAAUCGCACCCGGACCCGGGCCCGGGCCCGACCACGGAUCUGGAACCGAGCCAAACAGGGGAAGGAGACCCGGAUCCCGCGGACGCGGCGCUUCGUCACGAGCACCAAGCACAACACCACCACUACCACCAACAACGCAGACGACGAUGCCGGUCGUGGCGGCAGCGGCGGUAGCGGUGCGGAUCAGAUCUUCGUCGGGGCCCAGCCCGACCACGAGCAGGCUAUCGAGAUCACAGGCGGCAGAUCCUCGUCCUCGCCGUCGCCGUCGGCGUCCCCGUCCCCAUGGGGCCGGAGGAGUGCGACGGGCUCGCGGGAGCGCAUCGUCGAUCGCCACCGCCGUGGAGGCAGCGGUGACGACGGCGGCGGCGGCGGCAGGAACGGCAGCCGCGCCUCGCUGGACGGCCAGGGCGGUGCCGGUGGUGGCGGUGGUCUGGCGCCGCCCUCCUGGGGUGUCGGGCUCGAGCCGGCUAUUAUUACCCCGAGAUCGAACCCGGACAACCCGAGCCCGGACUCGAACCGGCCGGAGGGCGGCGGGAUCCAGAGGACGGUCGAGUUUGGCAUCCGGUUCAGCCACCCAAGACUGGGGGACGAGUCCGCCAUUGGUGGGGGCGGAUGA